AUGCAGAUCACCAGAAUUGCCAUUGUCCUCUUCGCCGCAAUGGGAGCGGUUGCCAACCCCGUUGCGACCGAGUCGAACGAUCUUGAUGCCGAAGCUUUCGGAAGUAAAUACGGAGGAGAAUGUAGCAAGCAACAUAACACGUGCAAAUAUCGGAAGAAUGGAAAGACCCACAUAAUCAAGUGCCCUUCGGCUAAUAACUUGAAGUGCAAGACGGAUCGCCACCAUUGUGAAUAUGAUGAGCACCACAAGAAGGUCGACUGCCAGACACCAGUUUGA